CAGAGCAAGUGGUAAUGAAAAUUGAAGAAAAUGAAAAAAAUGAGAGCACAGUAGUAAGUAGUACAUGACAAUAUCACAUUACAACACUUAACUUACACAGUUACACAUAGUCACAUGGGAGAUGCGUCUGUAAAAGAGAGAGAAACAAGGCUUAUGCGUUGCGAGAUACACAUAUUUUAGAGAGAGAAAGAGAGAAUAGAGACUUCUAGAGAGAGAAAGUGGGUGUUUUAUGUCUUUUUUGGGUUAGACUCUUUUUCCAUAUCUGUUGCAGUGUGGUGUGGUGUGGUGUGGUGUGUGGCACUGUGUGGGUGAGUUUCCCAAAGCUCUCUAUUCUGAAAGGUGUGUGGUGUUGUUGAUGCAGCAGAGGGGCAUGGAAUAGAAUGAAUGAAGCCAUGGCAUCCCUCAAUUGGUGCUAUUUAUUUGCUCAGAGACUUUCACCUGCUUCUGCAGAAAUUUGAGGAACCCUAAUUUCUGAUUGGGUUUCCUUUUUCUUCUCCCAUUCUGAUUAUCAGGUCUUUGUCUUUUUAUUUGUCAACCAAGGUUUGAAAUGACAGAGUUUGUAAAAUACUAGUUUAUAGCUGAAAAAAUGGCCAACUUCUUCCUUAGGUUGUUUACAAAAAGCCAGAGGUAGCUUCUUAAUGUUAGCAACAUGUAGAUUACCAAGAGCAGUUGCAAAUAAAGUGAUACUGCAUUAAUCAGCACAGAUAUCAACCAGCAAACAAAUGGAAGGCUUAUGCGAGGAGGGAUCUAAUGAAGAAAGACAGAUUUUUACUGAGGUCUUUUCCAGUAAUGGCAUUUUUCAGUCUAGUCAGAGGUGUCUUGUUUCUGGAGUUAUCAACUUUGAAUGUGAAUCUGCAAAAAACACUUUCAAAUCAUUCUGCUCUAGUAAUGAAGUUUCAGCUGUACUGCGCUCCUCAUCUUCAAGAUUUAAACAUCCCGAGGAGGACCUUAAUGCCAUUCAAGAUUCCAAAGAGACUGCUUUGGGGUGUGUGCCAAAGAGUUUCACAUGUGAAGAUGAUCAAAAUGACGAGGAAAUGAAUGUCAAGCGAAUGAAGUUUUCUUUACAUGAAACUCCUAGUGGUAGAUCUGAUUCAGAAAAUGUUUUGAAUCCAUCAGAACUUUCAAAAGAUACAGUUUCUAACUUAUCUCAUGCUGACUGUGAUAGUGAACCCAUUGCUUUUCAUUUAGUUGAAUCAUCCAAGUGUGGUGUGAUAUCUAGUAGCUAUCUGUUGAAGCAUAAUGUGUUACAGAGCAAACCAGCGGCUAAGGGUGAUGUAGAUGCUACAAAAUGUAAAUCAGCAACUGCAGACAGUAAUGUUGCAAAAGAGGUGAUUGUAGGUAAGGCAAUUGCUUCUCCUGCUUCCCAGGAGAGCUUUGCAAACAGGCUUGUGGUUACGACAUCAUCAAUCAGUGCUGUGAAUCCUUUACAUCCUGAAGAAAUGUCAAAAGACUUCAUAUCUUCUGACAUGGAUAUUUCAGAUUCAUUAUCAAAGCUGGACAAAAAGGAUCCUCGUACUUUGCUGCAGUUUCAUAUUUUGCAGUUGCUUACAGCAGCAGGAUGGUCAGUUGAGAAGCGUAAACGCCCUAGUAGGCGAUACAUUGAGUCUGUUUAUAGGACUCCAAAAGGAAAAACUGUCCGGGAAUUUACGAAAGCUUGGAGAUUAUGCGGUCAGCUUCUGUCUGUUGAAAAAUGUAAUUUAGCAUAUGAAGAAUGUAAGGAAUGGAGUGAUAUUAGUCAAUUUUGGUCUGAUUUGUCCAUUGCACUGAUAAAUGUUGAAAAAGGAAUGAACCAGUUAGAGACUGCUUCUAUGUUGGCUUAUCAAUGGUGGCUUUUGGAUCCUUUUGUAGUAGUAAUUUUUUUUAAUAGAAAGAUUGGUGCGCUGAAAAAGGGAGAAGUAAUCAAAUCAACUCGAACUUUAGUUUCGGGUAACAGUGCUCGUAAACGGAAAUCAGAUGAAGAUAUAUAUGUUGUAGCAAAUCCCAGCAGCAUAGAAAAUCAUUGUAGAAAAAUCUCUGUAAACAGAAGCAGUAUGGAUCUAGUUUUCUCACCUGGUUAUGGAUUAGAUAGCAGUGGCACUCAGCAAAGUGCUUGCUCUUUUGAUAUUCUUACAAGUUCGGGAAAUUCAAUACAGAUGCUUGAAGGGUCUAAAGUAAAUGAUGUUCACCAGGCUAACGUUGGAAAUUCUCAAAGGGUUGAUGAAGAUAAUGGGAUUGAGGGAGAUGUACUAUUGGAAAUGUCACAGGAAAAGAAUGCAUCUGAAUUAAGCCAUGCCCUGGUUCAUUUUCAUGACUCUGAGGCUAUUCAACAGUCUAAUUAUAGUGAUGGAGAGGGCAGGAAAAUCUCAACAGCUUCUGUAUCUGAGACGGAUAAGACAUGCUCUGCCACUAGUGUUAUUCUUAAGAAGAAAAUGAGGAGGAGGUGCAAAAGGGUAUCUCAGAUCAAACUGAGUAUGUUAUACCGUAGUGACAUGGUGGGCUCAACUGUUACUGAGCAGAUGCAAUCACUGAAUGGUGGUCCAAGUGGAACUCAGUUUGGGUUGGAAGAGGCUCACGAUAAUCUAGUAGACGAUUCAGGAACAAAAAGAAGCUGCAGGAAGUUAUCAUCUGUCGGUGCAUCCCAGCAUAUUAGGAAACCAAACUACUCCAUAAAUGGAAUGAAUAAGUCCAGUAGAUGCCGGAUUAAAGAUGAUGAUCUGUUGGUCUCAGCAAUAUUCAAGAACAAGGAUUCUGGCCAAAAUAUGAUUCGGGGCAAUUCUAAAGCAAAAUCUGGCAAAUUGAGAGGCCGGAGAAAUCUUAAAAGCCAAAAGGGCAGAUGUCGGUUGCUACCAAGGAAUCUUUGCAAUGCAGGGAAUCACAAUAAGGAUGGCAAGAGGUAUUAUUUGGGGUCAAGGACAGUCUUGUCCUGGUUGAUUGAGAAUGGUGUGAUAUCUAUAAAUGAUGUGAUUCAAUACCGAAGCCCUAAAGAUGAUGUUGUCAUUAAGGAUGGUAGGAUUACCAAGGAUGGUGUUGUGUGCAAGUGUUGUUCUAAUGUGUUUACAUUAUCAGAGUUCAAAUUUCAUGCUGGUUUUGCACUGAAUCGUCCCUGCUUGAAUCUUUUCAUGGAGUCUGGUGAGCCGUUUACACUGUGCCUCCUUCAAGCUUGGUCUUCUGAGUACAAAGCCAGGAAAAGUCAGAAUCAGGCUGUGAAAGUUGAUAAUGAUGAUAGAAAUGAUGACUCAUGCGGCCUAUGUGGGGAGGGGGGUGAGCUGAUUUGUUGUGAUAACUGUCCGUCUACUUUUCAUCUGACUUGUUUGUCCACUCAGGAGAUCCCUGAUGGCAACUGGUACUGCACAAAUUGCACUUGUCGGAUAUGUGGAAAUUUGGUCAUGGACAAGGAGGCUUCAGAUGGGUAUGAUUCAUUGCAAUGUUCACAAUGUGAACAUAAAUAUCAUGAUAAAUGCCUGAAAGAAAGAGAUAAACAAGAAGGCUUUCUUCCAGAUACUUGGUUUUGUGGUCAGAGUUGUCAGGAGGUAUACUCUGGUCUCCAAUCUCAAGUGGGGUUAGUUAAUCAUGUUUCCAAUGGCUUCUCAUGGAUGCUUCUUAGAUGCAUCCAUGAUGACCAAAAGGUUCAUUCUACCCAGUGGUUAGCCCUGAAGGCGGUGUGCAAUACUAAGUUAGCUGUAGCGCUUACUAUCAUGGAGGAGUGUUUUUUGUCGAUGUUGGAUCCAAGAACAGGCAUACACAUGAUACCCCAACUAUUAUACAACUGGGGGUCUGAUUUUGCUCGCCUGAAUUUUCAAGGGUUUUACACUGUGGUAUUGGAAAAGCAGGAUGUGUUAACAUCUGUAGCAUGUAUUAGGGUGCAUGGAACUACAGUUGCUGAGAUGCCUCUCAUUGCAACUUGCAGUCGGUUUCGUCGGCAAGGAAUGUGCCGACUCCUUGUGAGUUCAAUUGAAGAGAUGCUAACAUCUGUCAAGGUAGAGAAGCUUGUGGUAGCAGCAAUUCCAGAUUUGGUUGAGACAUGGACCAAAGGAUUUGGAUUCACACCUGUGGAUGCCGCCGAAAAGCAGAAGUUCAACAAAAUCAACUUCAUGGUUUUUCCUGGAACAGUGUUACUUGAAAAACCCUUGUACAAGAAGGAAAGACCCGAAGGAAUCUGUUAUGCAUCAAUGAUGGCAGCAAAUGAACCAACCAAAGUAGGUAUCAGUACCGAAGACAUGGCCCUGGAUAAAUCAGCACUAGAAGAUGUUGGAGACAUUGCUACUGACGACGUGGGUGCUGAUAAGUCAGAGACUGAACUUGAAGGUAAGAAUCACAGAGACACCAUUGCUGACAGGGAAACCAGCAGAGAUGAUAACACUCAAGCCAUCAACAACGACGACACUGGAUUAGACGCCACAAAAUCAACAGAAAUUAGUAGCUGUUUUGGAGCAGAGAUCAUCCCGGUAAUGGUCUCGGACAAGUCUGAUAAAUUGUGCGGCGGAGACAGCAUGCUCGAACUGAGAACGAGCAGCGAAAUCCAAACGGUGUGUAAGUUGGGACAGCAAUCAAGUGAGGACUGUAAUGUAAAGAAAGACGGUGCUGAAUCAGGUGUAUUAGUUAUUGAGGAAAAGGAUGUCAAAGUAGGUGAAGUUCAGGAAAAUGCAAAUGUGCAGGGUAAUUUUUCAAAUUUGUCCUGUAAAACAUUCGUGGGCAGCAAUUUUGACAUUGAUUCUAGUAUUGAACGAUCAGGUGAAACUGCUCUUUUUGGAACAUUUGCAAAGUCUGCAAGUUGAAUGAUGAGUUGAAAGAAAAUAGAUUUUUUUUUUGGUGGAAAUGGUGUGAUGCUCAUAAUUUAUGUUUUAGCAUAGAGUAUAAAGAAAACUGUGUUUUUUUUU